AUGGCCGCCACUCCAACAGAAGAAGAGGCUCGACAAGCCCUCGAAACCCUCAUAACAACUGCAUCAACUCUGAUCCAACAACUCCAAUCAGUCUUAACUUCCAUCCAACGAAACCCAACAACCCCCUCCGCCACCGAAACAACAGAUAUCGACGCUCUCGCUCUAGCCCGCGACUGCUCCUCCCUCAUCCGCGCCCACGGCACAAAAAUCUCCUUGCUCAUCAUCAACGAACCCUUCACACCCAGCGCUCUCACCACCGUCGUCCGCGAACUCGUCAAGGGUCCUAUUCCAGGCCUCGCUUCCGCCGUACAAGCCUGCGAGACGAAACUCUACACUUCUGUUGUCCGAAAAGAACUAGCAUAUCGUGCUCAAAAGGUUCUAACAGAAUUAUUAAACCUUUUGAACCGUGUUCCAAAGGAUGGAAAGAUUCUUUCUGGUGUGGGGAGGGAUAGUGGUUCGGGAAGUCUUGCGCUGACGGGUAUGUUGUGGUCUGCGUGCGAUGAAGUCGUUGCAUUGGCAAAUAUGGGAGUUGGAGGUUUCUUUGUCAAGAAAGCUGAGGAGUGGAGAGAUACACUCAAGGAUGUCAUGGAGGAAUUAAAAGAGUGGGGGGAAGAAGAGGAUGAUGAGGAUGAAGAUGAAGUGGAUGAUCUCGCGGAAAAGAUGAACGAUGCCUCACUUUCUAACCAAGAAAUCCUCGACGAAAUGAUGAACUCUUCAUCUACAAUUCCCCGCUCCGACCCUGAUAAAAUCCGCCCUCGUCUCGAUUCAACACUCAAGCGUCUACGAAUGGUAGUUCUCUUAUACCAAGCCCUUUCGAAGCGCCGUUUCAAGAAACUGCCCAAGGAUACUACAAAGGGAGAUAUGCCCGGUAAGCUGGACAGCACUGCGAAUGUGUUGGCUGGAUUACCAGACAAGUUUGGUGAUUUGGCAGAAGCCUUUUACGAAUUGGAUGGUGAGGAGAUUGAUAAGCUUAUGGAGGAGUGCUUUGAGAGUGCUGUUGGUGUGAGUGAGGUUCUCAAGAUUGGUUGGGAGGGGGAGAGUGAUGAGUUUAGUGAGUGGAUGGAAAAGUUCAAGGUUGAAGUCAAGAAGGCAUAG